UCAAACUCGUCAUGAUCCGUACACCUCCAGUCACGCACGCACUGAGUAACAAUGCACAAGCUUGCAAGUUUGAGGGAUUCGUACCGCGCCGCGUGAGUUUUCUGUGAGUUCUGCGUGCUUCUCUGCGGUGCUGCAACUUCUAUCGCCGCCAAACAUGGACGACGACACAGAGGAGCGUCGCAAACUGAGAGUAAAAGAACGGAGGCACUACACCGAAGACUGCCUUCAAGAUGACGAGAUCGAGGGACGAAGAAUGUUCACGGUGGAGGAUAAGAUCACCAGCCCUGCCUUCACUUGCACUCUCGUUAAAGAGAUGAAAGGGGAGGAUUUCUCCCUGAAGUACUUUCAAGAGUUUGGCUUCGAGUACCCCAUGUUGUUCAAGAGCAAGGCAAACUUGGGAAUGAGAUUGCCGAGCCACAACUUCACCUGCAAUGAUGUCAGGCAGUGUGUAGGGAGCCGGAGAAUACUAGACGUCAUGGACGUAACAACUCAGAAGGAUAUCGAGAUGAACAUGAAGGACUGGUGCAAAUACUUCGAGAACCCGGUUCGGGAUAAGCUUUUGAAUGUCAUCAGCUUGGAGUUCAGCCAUACGAAACUGGAGAACUAUGUGGAGUCACCCACUGUCGUAAGGCAAGUUGACUGGGUAGAUGCAGUUUGGCCUAGGCAUCUGAAAGAGAGUCAGACUGAGGGGACCAAUGCCAUUGAAGACAUGAAGUACCCGAAAGUUCAAAAGUACUGCCUUAUGAGUGUUAAGGGCUGCUACACGGAUUUCCACAUAGACUUUGGUGGCACAUCCGUUUGGUACCAUUUGCUGAGAGGGCAAAAGAUCUUUUGGUUGAUCCCACCCACGGAACGCAACUUUCAGUUAUACGAGCAGUGGGUUCUGUCAGGGAAACAGGGCGACGUCUUCUUUGGGGAAACGGUGGAAAAAUGUGACAGGGUGACCCUCAGUGAGGGUGACACUUUCUUUAUUCCCACUGGGUGGAUACAUGCUGUCUACACUCCAGAAGAUGCUCUGGUGUUCGGUGGCAAUUUCCUGCACAGCUACGGAAUUGAGAAACAGUUGCGUAUUGCUGAGAUCGAAGAUGCUACGCAUGUGCCCUUAAAAUUUCGCUACCCGUUCUAUCGCGAGAUGCUUUGGUAUGUUCUGCAGCGGUAUGUGAACUGUCUUCUCGGCAUCAACAACCUUACCUGCAACGAAGAUGGGGACCCCGUGGAUUCUUCGAAACAGCAGUUUCCUCAGCCCACUCCGUUGGCCAGCGCUCCACUACCAUUACUUGGACAUAAUGGGGGACCAAAUAAUGGAUCAUUUCUCGAUCUAAGCACGUUGUCUCCCCGACAAGCAAAUGGGACACUGUCUCACUUGCCAUCCGAUGCCGACGACUCGUUAGAUGUUGGAGUGGACGUAAAGAAGAACUUCUCCCCCGGUCAUGUUCAUCUAACUCGCCGGGAGCUCGAUGGAAUUCGACUAAUCAUUCGCUGGCUGGAGAAACUACCUGCGAACAAGAAAUUUGUGCCUGAACUUGUGCGUGAUCCAGACGCCUUGCUCGCUGAUGCGAAGCGCCUUCUCAGAGAGCACAGAUUUGAUGACCCCGUGCUGGCAAUAACCGAUAAACCUGCGCUCACGUGGCCAGAGAGUAAGAAAAAGCCUAAACCACGUGUGGGACCACCUUCGGGCAAAAGCGGCUCAAAGAGUGGAGGGGGACGCGGUUCCGAGAAGGACAAAAAUGGAGCCAGGAGGCGCCGCACUCGCUGCAAGAAGUGCGAGGCCUGCUUGAGAGCCGACUGCGGGGACUGCCACUUCUGCAAGGACAUGAAGAAGUUUGGUGGUCCAGGACGCAUGAAGCAGUCCUGCAUCAGCAGGCAGUGCAUGGCACCUGUGUUGCCCCACACGGCCUGCUGUAUGCUCUGCGGGAGAGACGGCUGGGAGAAAGGUGCCCCUCCAGCUGAGCAGGAGGCCUCCUCACUCAUGGAGUGUUCCCAGUGCUGGGAAAUAGUACACCCGGCCUGCUUGCACGAACGCAACCCUGAGCUCGCCGGGGCGGAAGGCAACAUAAGCGAUGACUUGCCGAACAGCUGGGAAUGCCCAAAAUGCUGCAGGGACGGCAAGCCCGAUCAAGUUAAGCCACGUCACACACGGGGAAGAGCAUCCAAAGGGCCGCCAGACCCCAAGGUGGAGCCAGAGUUUAGUAGUUGCAAGGAAAGUGGCACAGCUGAAGGGCCUGCACUGAAUUUGUCAGUCAAGUCGUACGAGAGAAACGGUACAGAUGCAGAGACAUGUGGGCCUCCAAAGAAGAAGGUGAAGCUGGAACCCAUGCACGACGCGUCGGAGGAUGCCGACAUCCCACGCGGGGAGCAUCCAGUUCCCACAGAUGUGCAAGGUGCAUCUGUCACAAAUGGAGAGACAAGUGAAGAGGACUCUCAUCGAGAUGACAGAGCGGCAGUCGCUAGAGCAAGGAAAGAGGACUACGUGCGGUCGUGUGCACGAUACAGUUUAGGCCAUCCAGAUAAGAAAGGCAAGAUACUGCAUGAUAAAUCACUCAAAGCUUCUCACGAAGACAGUGAGAACAAUGUUUUCGAAUGCACUGCCAAAUCAAAGCAAGAUUCCCAGCACCGAGGUCUCGCCAUGCUCGCCCAACACGCUCGUGGCUGCAGCGACAAGGAGAAGCUCGAGACCAAGGAAGAAUGUCAAGACUUCAAGCCUCCCGACAAGUUCAAGAUGAUGCUUCGUGACCGUGGCAAUCUACGCAAACCAAAGUACAUUGUCCGUCCCGCUCCCCUGCCGGAAGACGUCGAGAAGAUAAAGCCUGUUGUGAAAAUGGAACAGGCUGCGUCGUCCUACGCACUGUGCCGUGAAGCUGUGCUGCCAGUAUUGCGUUACCUGACCCCCAAGGAUCUUGCGCGCUGCCAGCUCGUGUGCAAGGACUGGAACCGCUGGUGUACGGAGCCUGGCCUGUGGCACCGCGUAGACCUGUCGCGACAGCGUGUCACCGCCCUGGCCCUCGCGGGCAUCGUGCGCCGUCAGCCGCUGAGCGUGGAUUUGGGCUGGACGAAUGUAUCCCCGAAGCAGCUGGGCUGGCUGCUCCCCCGUCUGCCACACCUGAGAGAACUGAGCCUGAGCGGUUGCUCUGUGGCAUCCGUGGUCAUGGCCCUGCGUUCCGGUGUCUGCCCCCGCUUGCGCUGUCUCGACCUCAGCUGGGUGGAAGGUCUUGGUGACCAAGCAGUCAGGGACCUCGUGGCCCCGGAUGUCCGUUCCAAGCCGCGUCUUCUGGUCGAAGUCCGCCUGGCUGGAUGCGAGAUAUCGGAUGUAGCGGUGCGGCUCCUGGGGCACCAGCUUCCGUUGCUCAGCCGGCUCGAUAUAUCGAGCUGUCGUGGAGUGACAGACAUGGGGAUUGCAGUGCUGGGAGCGGCGAAGGCGUCGCGGCUCACUGCCCUGGACGUGUCGAGAUGUGCGAAUGUGUCCGACACAGGGCUCGAGGCACUGAGGCGAUGCACUGGACUAAGGCAUCUGGACCUUCGCGACUGCCCGCAAGUUACCGAUACCGCGUGCCGACGUUUUGUGGCGCAAAGCCGGCUUCCUGUAGCUCUGAAGGAAGGUAGACUCAUACAAGUUAUUCAGGGCUGAAAUUACGGCCAUCCAGCGGGAAAUUGUUCCUUAUGCUUGUAGAUGCUGCGUGUGAAUGGAAGAGAGGAAUUAAGUAAAAGAUUAAUGUAGCUCGUAAGGUAGAAAAGAAAAAGAAAUUGAUAAGUGCUCACUGGUGGCAGAUGCAUUUCAAGAUAUUGGCACGUGAAAAGCAUGAUCGCAAAAACGGGUGUGCGUGGUUUGAUAAAAGUGGUGUACGCCAAUACGUUACUGUGCUCCAAAGUAGAAUGUUCUCUUUUACGAGAUCACUUGACAUAGUGUACACUUUGGGAUGUUGAAACAUCAAUGCAUCAUUUCCUCCCCACAUUCUCGGCGGAGCACCUGAAGGAUGUGUGUGUAGUUUCUGCCGUGUACAGUGCAUACGCCUCUGGACUAUAGGCAGUGCAUGUUUUCUGUACAUAUGCCACUUUUUCUUUGACAUUCACUGUCUGUUAUGUCUUGUGUCCCUGUAUCGAAUUCUUUUAACAAUAUUCUCUUUUCAAGGAAUGUUAUACACAGUGUUCUUGUAACUUGUGUCACCCUGUUUUUGGAGUACAAUUAUUUAUUUUUACCCACAAGUACAUGGGCAGUUAACAUGCAAGGUCAUCUGCAGAGAAGUUAUUUUAUAUAUAGCGCCGUUUGUAUAUAACCUUACAUAGUCAUAAUUGCCACCUUCUUGUAGUGCUCACUCCCCUGCUGCAACGUACGUUUCUGUGACCACUAGUGAUGUGCAUUCUUUUCUAAAACCACGUGUUUAAAAAAAUGCAGACAGAAAUUAAAUGAGCAAGGAUAGCCAUUUGC